GGCCGUCACCCCGUGCCACUGGCCGCCAUGUACAGUGCUACCAAGGUGUUUGUCGAUUUCUUCUCGAGAAGCCUGGAGGUCGAGUACCGUGCCCAGGGCAUCAUCGUGCAGAGUGUCCUGCCGCUCCUCGUCUCCACAAACAUGACCCACAACAUCUGCCCCAGCCUCUACGUGAAGACAGCAGAUGACUUUGCUCGCGAGGCUUUGAACACCGUGGGCAUCAGCAACCAGAGAUCUGGCUGCCUUUCCCACUACUUGCAGAGCUUGGUGUGUGCGCUGCUGUUGCCCGAUUGGCUUCGUCUCUCCCCGCUGGGACUAAAACUCUCCUGGGCCAUGUGGGAGAAGUUUGCAUCCCAGAGGCCCUACCUGAAACAGGAGUAGGCGAGGACUCCCGACGAGCCAUGGGAAGAAAUCACCCAGGGAAGUGGAGGAGUCUCCAUCUCUUGAAGUGUUGGAGUCCUCGCUGGCUGCUUUUCUGGGAGCUGCUUUUGCCAAACACAAGUUAUUAGGCUCAAGAAUGAAUGGGUAAAAGAGGCAAAUUCUGUGGCCUGGGUGGUGGCAGAGGCCAGAUUACACGAGCAGUGUUCCCUUCUAGCCUUAAAAUCUGUCAAUCUAACGCAUGGCUUGAAAGGGGGCAGGAAGCUGAGCGGGUGCAGGGUGUUCAGCCAGGUCGUACAGCCCUUAUUUUGGCCCAGAACCAACUGGCUUCAGUGAGGAAAUUGUCCAUUUGAGGUCUGCAGGAUCUGGCCCCGUGGCUUGUUCUAUCUCAUGUUGCAAGAAAUAAAGACGUGUUUUUCUGCUGUA